AUGGCCACAGCGCUGCAGCAACAAGAAAUGAGAUUUUAUGACCAGCAACAGAGCUUAGUUGCAUCUCAGCGGCAACUCAUUGUUGGGGAUAUUGUGGAGGAGAUGAGGAAAAUGCGCCGAGAUGAUCGAGCCAAGCUUGCUCACCACAUAGAUAUGCGUGUUGAUGACCUUGAGAGACGUCUGGUAUCGAAGCUUCAGCGUCUUCCAGCUACUGGGAUGUACACGGCAGAGGAUACACUUGAUUUCCAACAUCCGACGGAAACCAAAGGGCAGCUGCCUCAAGCCUCACAAAGUCUCAAUGAGGUUACAAGUGAUCCACAAUUGGGUGGUCUGCCUGCUACUGGUAUCGAAGGCAUCCGUGCUGAAGUCUGCCGGAACUUCAGGAGGAUUGCUGCACAUGAGCUCUCAGUGGGCAUCCGAGAUAUUGUCCAUGUUUUGUCCCCCGAGGUCGACACGCAAGGAUGGGUUCGUGUCCGUUUGCAGGGUGAUAGAGGUGGUACUGGCUUUGUGCCGGCCAGUGUUCUGAAGGUUGUCGAAUGA